AUGAAAUUCAGCCCAGCGCACUACCUGCUGCCGCUCCUGCCGGCGCUGGUCCUCAGCACCAGACAGGACUAUGAAGAGCUGGAAAAGAAGCUGAAAGAAGUUUUUAAGGAGCGAAGCACCAUCCUCCGUCAGCUGACAAAGACAUCAAGAGAACUUGAUGGAAUUAAAGUCAACCUUCAGUCUUUAAAAAACGAUGAGCAAUCCACCAAAACUGAUGUUCAGAAGCUCCUGGAAUUAGGCCAGAAACAAAGAGAAGAGAUGAAGUCUCUCCAGGAGGCCCUGCAAAAUCAACUUAAAGAGACAUCUGAGAAAGCAGAAAAACACCAGGCUACUAUUAAUUUUUUAAAGACUGAAGUGGAAAGAAAGAGCAAAAUGAUCCGAGACCUCCAGAAUGAGAAUAAAAGCUUGAAAAACAAACUCUUGUCAGGAAACAAGCUGUGUGGCAUUCACGCAGAAGAGUCAAAAAAGAUCCAAGCCCAGCUGAAGGAGCUUCGUUAUGGGAAGAAGGAUUUAUUAUUUAAGGCCCAGCAGCUAACUGAUCUGGAACAAAAAUUAGCUGUAGCCAAACAUGAAUUGGAGAAAGCAGCUCUUGACAGGGAAUCACAGAUGAAAGCAAUGAAAGAGACUGUACAACUCUGCUUGACAUCAGUUUUCCGUGAUCAACCUCCUCCUUUGAGUCUAAUCACAUCAAAUCCAACUAAGAUGUUACUUCCACCCAAGACAGUAGCCUCUAAGAUUCCAGAUGCAAGGACAAAAAGCAAGCCUCAACAAAGUGCUCCUGGAAAUGAGAACUCUCAAGUUGGGUCAACAAAGGAAGAAAAUCCAAGUACCACUGAGUGUGACCCUCAAGAUGAGGGCAGGACCUGUUCAAUGAAGCACAAAGAGAGUUUAAGUAAUGCUACUGCAGAAUCAAAGCCUGUCCCACAGAAAUUGCAAAUGCCGCCUUGUUCUGAAUGUGAGGUGAAAAAAGCCCCAGAAAAACAAUUGACCAGCUUUGAAGGGAUGGCAGCUAGAGAAGAAAAAAUACUGUAA